CCGCAGGUCAACUUUAUUUUGGAAAACAACGGACGUGAUAGGGUGAACGCAACCACUCGACUAGGAAUGGUUGGGAGAAAGAUUAACCGUGACACCGUGAUGGAGGAGGUUGCUGGAUGUUCGGAACCCCAGGCAGAGCCUGAGGCCGAGGAACCGGAAAAAGUCUAUGGGAAACCUAGGGAAGAGGAGCCUACAGACAAAGUUACCGCUGCCAAGAAGAAGUUUAGGUACCAAAUCCCGAUCUUAUCCUUGCCUGAGAUCGACGACACCAUUAGCAAGUUACUAGGAACCAUGGUGUCGGUGUCUUUUCAGACCAUGCUGCAGGCUAGCCUUAGGUUGCUCAAAGGGCUUAGACAACUGUUGACUCGGCGGCGAGUAGAAAUAGGCGACAACCCCGAAUUACCAGAAGGGGAGAGGGAGGAGGAAGCUCCGCAAGAAGUGGCUAACCUUCAGAGGAGUCGCGGGGACUUGGAGGAUCUCGAGAAAGCUUUUGUGGACAUUCGUUUGAGCUUGCCCGACCGAGAGGGCGACGAGGUCAUGAGGUCACCACCCGGGACAAAGCUCAGCUUUCAUGCACUGCCCGUAGGGAAGCUGAAAAUCCAGAUCGGGACUCAUCAUACCGACGCAUUAGUAGACGGGGGAGCAGAAAUCACUCUCAUAAGAAGAGAUUUCGCAACAAUCACGGGAUGUACGGUAAACAAGGAAGUAACAGGGAGCAUCCGGGGAGCUGGCGGGGAAAUCCCGUUCGCUGGGUAUAUCCUGGAUGCGCGAGACAACUUGAGUGGGUUCGUAGAGACGGUCGCCCUCAAGAAAAAGACAGGGAGAAGUGUGGCGAACUGGAUAGAAGACUUCUACUUGAGACAUCCUUUCGUCAGGAGGUUUAUAGCAGACAAUGAGACGGAGUUCGUGAACCAAGAAGUAUUGGGGAUGCUUAAGAGACUCUGCAUACCGAUCAAACUCAUGGAGCCGUAUCACCCUGAGGCUAAUGCAUCUGUGGAAAGGGGACACCGAACCUUGAAGAACACGAUUGCGAAGCUCGCAACGGACCAUCUGGGGAAUUGGCCUAGGUAUCUUAAGCAGGCUGUCUUUGCGGAGAAUAUGACCUCUAAAAGGACAACGGGAUGUAUCUCGGCGGAACUUUGGUACGGAAGAGAGAUCGAAUUCCCUGUGGAAGCCUUGGUACCUACCUGGAAUAGGUUAGAUGAUGAUCCGCAAAUGACUACUGAAGAGUUAAUCGAGGCAAGAUGUCAACAAAUCCUUAAGAACGAGGAGGUCAUGGAAGACAUCGCCAACCGCGUACUAGACAGCAGAAUGAGGGACAAAGCAAGUGAGGGAGGGAAGGAAAAGGCAGAAGUGGAAGAAGGAGGCAAUGCAGAUACGGGAGAUAAGGUUCAGGUCUUUGACGAGGAAGGAGCCAACAGGGGCAAACGACGUGAGACUUGGCAUGUGGAAAGCGAGGGGGGACAAGACAUGCGCGACGAAGCUCAGGAGGGUGAGGAGAGAAGGGAAAGUCCGCUUAAAGGACGAAGCGGCCACGACAGUUGUGAGGGGUAUGGGACGGGGACAGAGAUUUUUUUUACCUACGAUCUGAAGAACCUUGCAGGUGGGUAUAGCCCCAUACAGACAGAAGACGAGGAGGACGAGGAGGAGGAUGUACGAGAAGUCAUAGAAAUCAGCAGCGGGGAUGAGAGGGAUGAGAUCUCGAGACCUAGAGAAGAAGGGCGGCCUCCGAUGCACCAGCCGGGCGGCGGGGCUUUCGGAUGGGAGGACGAGUUUGGGCCAACACCAAGUCAUUGGUUUCAACAAUGGACCGAUGUGAUCAGACACGAAUGGAUUAUCAAGACCCGGGAACUGGCAAAGGCGGGAGUGGAAGCUACGUCGCUGGACUUCUUCAGUGAAAUUGAGUUACAGGGAAUUGCAAGAAAGAAGAGAGAAAUUGAGACCUACGGCCUGGGGGUUAGGAAGCCUGCCGAGGAACAGGGUGGACAAGGAACUGGGCAAGACGAGGCGCAAGGCAGCAAUAGGAACUAGGUGUUGACUUAGCAUUGAUAA